AUGAACACAACGGCUCAGAUGGACUGGGACAACUACUAUGAAACCAAGGCCAGGUACAUACUGCGGUACUGGAGAUCAUGGAGGAACGUCUGCAGCAGCAUCGAAAAACAAGCCCCCAGCACAACUGGGCAGCCCGAUGGUAACAUAGUACACUCCCCGCUACACCGCGACAGUCAGGCCAAGCGGGCCGACCAGGACCGCAGGGGUGUCGACACACAGGAGAGGGAUAUAGGUAACAUAGUACACUCCCCGCUACACCGCGACAGCCAGGCCAAGCGGGCCGACCAGGACCGCAGGAGUGUCGACACACAGGAGAGGGAUAUAGGUAACAUAGUACACUCCCCGCUACACCGCGACAGCCAGACCAAGCGGGCCGACCAGGACCGCAGGAGUGUCGACACACAGGAGAGGGAUAUAGAAUGUUCGGUGUUGCCGUCGUUGCCGCCGCGCAAGCCGCCGGGCGCCAGCCAGGAGGACGUCUCUGACGUCGUCAUGAGGAACUCUGAGUCGUCGUCGUCGUGGGGCCGCUCGCGGUUCUCCAACGGCCGCGACCUCAACUCCGAGUUCAUCAAGUCUCAGCGCGAUGUUUGCGACGGCGCGCCGCCGCUACCGCUAUCCGGCCCGCCCGAGCGUCCGCCUGCGCUGCCGGAGCGCCAGCAGGGCGCCGCCGAGCGCCAACAGGGCGCCUCCGAGCGCCACGCGGGCGCCACCGAGCGCCAAACGAGCGCCACCGAGCGUCAAACGGGCGCCACCGAGCGCCAAACGGGCGCCGGCGAGCGCCAGCCGGUGUCCGCGCUGGUCAACAGCUACCAGCAGCGCGCGCGCGACCAGAACCGCAACCAGUGGGGCUACGAGAGGAGCAACAACAACUGGGGCGUGGAGACGUCGCACUUCUACUCGGCGAGCGAGCUGGCGUACGGCGGCGGCGGCGGCGGCGCCCCGCAGCGGCCCGCGUCCGUGGCGGGCGGCUCCCCCGCGCUCGACCAGCGCCCGGCCUCCAGAUCGUCAGGCGAGUCCGAGCUGUCCGUCAGCGGGGUCUCCAAGGAGAAGAAGGACAAGAAGGGAGUCUUCGGCGGCCUCUUCAGCCGCAAGAAGCGCAGCAGUUACAUGUAGUCGGGACAUACACCGUGUCGCAGGGCGGCCCGGUAACAAGAAUACCACUUACAUUAUCCCUCUGAACGCCACUGUAGCGCGCGGCGCGUCAUCGUGAGCCUUGUCGCAAUGCACGAAGGUUCAUAUUGGGCUGUCGCCGCACGCGACUAUUCUACUUCAAAAGCAAUUCGAAGACAAUAAAAAAACGUAAUUUUUUAACAAACAUGGAAAAAUAUCUUUUAUUAAAUAUUUAGCAUUUUUUUAUCGAGAUUUAGAAUGCUUGCGUCAUAACCACCUGUGUCGUUACUUUUUAUAAUAAAGUUUUGUUGACAAUGAAACGUUAAAUCGUGUAUAUAGAUUAUUGUUAUUACUUAACGUCAAAAUCGUGCCUUUUACAUUAUUAUUAUUCAGAUACCAUAUUUGGUAUCAUUUUCUGAUACAAAAAAAAAUCAGUAACAAAUAUAUGUUUUUUUUUUAUCUAUCAUCAGGGACCAAUUAGAAAAAAACAUUUCAUGUUUUAUUCGCCUGUCACAAAAGGGACCAAUUCUUAAGUCGGUUUUAAAAAUGUAUUUCCAAGCAAUAAUCGACAAUAAUUUUAGUUAUAUAAGAUAUUAUUUCGUAUUUAAAACACGUAAUAUGUAUGCAUAAUGUGUGGUGUUGCCAUACGAGCCGACAUGGCCGCCCGACGCGGUCCGAUACCAAACGAUAUCCGGUCUUUUGCUCGUCUUAUUUCGAUUUACAACAAAUAUAAUAAAAGCAAGCAUACGAGUGGUGGCGGCUCGCGUGGCAACACUUAGUAUUUAAGUUUUUAAUUGUAAUCAUACAACCGUUAGAAUUUGAACACGAACAACUGAGCGAAGAUAAAACAGAUGACUACUGAAACACCGACAUUUAAUAAUAUUUCUUAAAAGUGUCAAAUUAUUGACAAACUGCUUUAAACAUGAUACAUUAUUAAACUUCGCGCAUUAUUAAACUAAGCGCUGGUGGCCUAGCGGUAAGAGCGUGCGACUUACAAUCCGGAGGUCGCGGGUUCAAACCCCGGUUCGUACCAAUGAAUUUUUCGGAACUUAUGUACGAAAUAUCAUUUGAUAUUUACCAGCCGCUUUUCGGUGAAGGAAAACAUCGUGAGGAAACCGGACUAAUCCCAACAAGGCCUAGUUUACCCUCUGGGUUGGAAGGGCAGAUGGCAGUCGCUUUCGUAAAAAUUAGUGCCUACGCCAAAUCUUGGGAUUAGUUGUCAAGCGGACCCCAGGCUCCCAUGAGCCGUGGCAAAAUGCCGGGACAACGCGAGGAAGAAGAGACAUUAUUAAACUUCGCUCGGGUGUUUCGAUUAGAUAUCAUCAAUGCAUUUUCAUACAACAAGUUCAAUGCUCGCGUAACAUACUUUGUCAUCCAUACAACACGCACAGGCACUCCAUCAGAUAUAUCACAACGGACAAGUAGUUUUUAAAUAUCUACGACCCUAUUGUCAAGGCUGUAGAGUUCAUGUUCGGAUAUUUUAAAGCACUAGUGCAGAUAUUAGUGGCGGCGUGUCUCAAGAACGUUAUAAUGCCCUACGCUCCUGUUUCCCUUUACAUCCUAUUAUAGAAAUAUUCGUUGAUUUUUACAAUUUUAUUGCUUUGUUAUUGAAACAAUGUAACGUUACGCGGCAUUGAAGUGAUGUCGCGCAGUAAGUUGCAAAAUAAUCAGCUUAUAAUCUCAGAGAAGUAUGUUAGAACUAAAACCCCAAUAAGGUGGAUGAGUAGUUUUUUUAUCUACUAUUGACAGUCCUCGUCCUGUCUGUACUCUGUAUCUUUAGGUAUUUAAAUACAUGCAAACAAUUUGUACAUUUUCGGGUACUUAUAACAUUUAUUGGUUAACCAACCAAAUACAAAACCGCCUGGCUCUGUCACUGAACGACCUGACUUUAACCUACAUUAUUUGAUCAUGUAAUGUUUACAUCUACCCUCAACUGGCUUAAGGAGCCAUUUGAGGGUAGAUUUAGUUUAAAUACCUAAAGAUAUAGAAUAUUUCUUAAUUUUUCGAGCUAUAUUGUGUUUACGCUUGCUGUGAUCCGAAAAUGCAACCGUUACUUUAUGAAAAUGCAUUCUAGCGAAUACUGGACGUUGGUAUUAAAACUCUGAUGUAUUUUUCUUAUGUUAUUACAUUUAAGCUUCUAGUUGUUAAUGUGAAAUAUAUUUUUAUGUAUUAA